CUCGACAUCGCUCACUCAUCAUGAAAUGGUUAGCGGCAGCCCUAGCGGCCGCCACUGCCUUGGCGGCGCCGCCGCUUUCGGUGUCAGUCGAGACGGCUUGGUCAGCUCCUCCACUCCUCCUUGAGAUCCUUGAGGUGGCCUACGACGAGUCGCCGACAUCCUACUUUGACGUUCUGCACCUCUUGUCCUUCCACCUAGCCCCACUUUCUCUCACGCCUCAAGCGACGCUCGAGCGCGCCACCUCCCUCCUGGACAAUCACGGCUUGUUAACCGCGGAGCGGGACACGUUCCGGCUCGCGCUGGGGCUGCACACCGCCGCGCCGCGCAUCGCCGCGGCCUUCUCCGCCAACGACGAAGACGUGGGCUGCGCGUCGUGGGUGCAGUUCCACGGCCACGUGUACUGCGACGCCGAAGAGCUCGCGCGCGCCGUGACGCACGGCAUCGAGUCGGCCGAUUACGUGCCCUCGCCCAUCGAGCCGGGACCGUUCGAUCGCGUCCGCGGCGCCGAGCCCCUCUCUGCGGUUCUUUACUAUGCGCCAACCGAGGCGUCGCUGCCGUUUUUGGAGUUCUUGGACGAGUUUCAUGCCGCCCACCCCCAGUUCUCGUAUGCCGUGCGCUACGCUCCUCAGGCGGGGGAGGAGCGCACCAAGCUCUCGGGGUACGGCGUCGAGAUGGCACUCAAGAAGACAGACUACCUUGUGGUCGAUGAUCGUCAGGUCAAGGCCUCUGGCAGCGCGGAGGAGUACAAACAGCAGGACCCGUUCGAGGACGUGCUUGGCGCGGACCCGUGGAACGAGCCAGCGUUGCGGAAAGGCGAGGCUGGAAAAAUCGGCAUCGCGGCGACGGCUCUCAUCAAGGCCGCGUCUAAUCCCAUGUCCGCGUUCGUGUCGCUUACCCAAGACAUCCCCAAGUACGCCGCCGCGCUGGCGCGCAAAGUCGAGGUGCCGGCGUCGAUCCGGAAACGCGUCCUCCGCCUCGGGUUCAAGCGCCCCUUAGGGCCGGCACUGUACAUCAACGGGCGCGCGGUGCACGAGCGCGACCUGAAUGCGUUCAGCUUGCUCUCGAUUGUGCGGCGCGAGCGGCACCACAUCAACUCGCUCAUGGCGCUCGGUCUGUCGUCGAAGCAGGCGUACGAGCUCCUCUCGGACAAGCUCAUCGGCGAGGCGGCGACGGAUGUGGACCCGCUGGAGGGUCUGGUAGACGCUAGUGACCGCGCGGAGGGCGGCGGCGUGGUGCUGUACCUCAACGACCUCGAGAAGGACAUCGCAUACUCGCGUUGGCCUGACUCGGUACAAUCUUUCCUCCGCCCGCUUUACCCCGGACAGCUGCACUACGUGCGGCUGAAUGCGUGGAACGCCAUCUCGGUGCUGGAUUUCGCGACCAUGCGCGGCGCCGAGACGCUGGCCGGCUCGAUUGCGCAGCUCGUCCAACGCAACGUCCCCAUCCACAUGGGCGUUGUGCCAAUGUUCGACAGUCCCGACUCUCCGUCGGCGCAGAUGGCGCGCGUGCUCUACUACGUCGCGGAUAUGCAGGGCGCCACAUCCGUGCAGCAGCUGUGCUCGGCCAUUGUUAUGGCGAAUUCUGGCGUCAAAGCUAAGAAUGUCGACCUGAGUGUCGUCCGCCAGCUUUAUGGCCAGAUGCACGCGCAGGCGACGCAGGAGGGCAAGGAGCUCCUCAGCUUCGAUGAGGUUCUCGCUUCUCCGGAGCUCGGCGAGCGUCUGAAUGCCACAAAAGCUUACCUCGAGCGUCUGGGUGCCACACCUGCCGACUCGGCUACAGGACACGUCUUCAUCAACGGCAUCCACUCGCCGAUGCACAACCAAUGGACGCACCAGCUGCAGGGCGUUGUAUCCUCGCAGCUCGGGUACCUCCAGGAGGCGCUCCAAGCCGGUGAGGGCCCGACCAAGGAGACUAUCGGCACCUUCUUUUACGACCUCCCAACCACUAGCAAGCGCCGGAACAAGGUGAUAAUCCCGUCGCCGGACAACGAUCUGCGCGCGUAUAGCGUCCUGGACGUGUUUGACGGGACCGCGAUGGUGCUCGCCAAGCAAUUCAUCUACCCUGUAGACGCCAGCCGGGCCACCCCGCUCUCUGUGUGGGUGGUCGGCGACCUCGACAGCAAGGAGGGCCACGCGCUGCUCGAGGGCGCACUGCGCAACAUCGACCGCGAGGGCGGCGCGACCCGCGUCUCCUUCGUGCACGUACCAGAUGAGGCAUCCAAGAACGUCCCCGGCCCGCGUCUCAGCACCCUGCUCUUCCAGCUUACUGCGAAAAACGAGCACAGCUCGGUCCAGGCCGAGGGCCUGCUUGACAUGAUGGAGGAGGUGUCACGUAUCCGCACCAACCUCGUUGACGUGGGCGAGAUCCGCGCCCACUCCGACCCCGACGCGCCGCUCAACAGCUUCUUGGCUGAGGGAUGGAGCAGCCCCGACACGGCGCUCGCUGCCGAGUUCUGGAGCACCGUCGGGCCGCAGGUUGCGGACAAGCUCGGGCUCAAGGGGCUCGGUCUGCUCAUCAAUGGCCGUAUAAUCAACGCCAAGCACUUCACGACGGACGACUUCGCUGCCCUUGAGGCUUACGAAUUGCGCAAGCGUGUGCAGCCCGUCGUCAACCUCCUCAAGACAUACGUCGGAGCUGAUACUCCCAGGGACGACUUUGGCGACAUGGUCGCCGUUGCGUCGUCAGUCAUUGCCGCCGCGUACAUGCCCCAGGGCUCUGAAGGUAUCUGGGUGCAGCAGCAAGCUGGCCGUUCGCGCGACUACGAGGGCAUUGACGAGGGCGAGAUCUCGUUCUCGGUUGGGAACAAGGAGGACGCGCUUGUGCGCGUCGCGGCUGUGCUCGACCCCGUGUCCGAGGAGGCGCAGAGAUGGUCUGCCUUGAUCCAGUGGUUGUCGUCUCUUGACAGCGUUUCCACCACCGUCUGGCUCGAUCCGGAUAUUCAGGCGGAAGAGUUCAAGGUCAAGCGAUUCUAUCGGUCCGCAUUGCGCACAUCCCUCACUUUCGACGUGGACGGGAACGAAGUGCUUCCAGCCCCGACCUUCCACGGUCUCCCGUCGACUCCAAUUUACACCCUGGGCAUGGAAGUCUCCCCAUCCUGGAUUGUGAGCCCGAAGGACUCGCCGCUGGACCUCGACAACAUUCUCCUUUCCACCCUCUCGGCGCCGACCACCGUCGCAUUCGACCUGAAGCUCCUCGUGGUGGACGGGCACGCGCGUGAGUCGGCUUCGGCACCUCCGCGAGGGCUGCAGCUCCAGCUGUCGACGAAUGAGACCGUUAGCGACACACAAGUCAUGGCCAACCUCGGCUACUUCCAGUUCAAGGCGCGGCCGGGCGUGUAUGACUUUGCCAUUAGGCCCGGGCGUGGGCGAGAGGUGUACGAGAUCGAGAGCGCUGGCGCGGAUGGGUGGGACUCACCGCCUGUGAAUGUCAGCGGAACAAAGAUCCGCCUGGACAGCUUUGACGGCAUGACUCUCUACCCCCGCUUCACGCGUCGGCCGGGGAUGGAGGAUGCCGACGUGCUGGCUAGCCCAGAGACCAGUGUGUCUGUUGUCGGCGGAAUCGUCUCCAAGCUCAAGUCGCUUGUCGGAAUACAGGAGGUCAAGCCGGCAUCGCGCCACGCCGACAUUAACAUCUUCACAGUUGCAUCGGGGCUGCUGUACGAGCGCUUCGCGUCGAUCAUGAUCCUCUCCGUGCUCAAACACACCGACUCGACUGUCAAGUUCUGGUUCAUCGAAAACUUCCUCAGCCCGACCUUCCUGCGCUUCCUGCCUGCCUUCUCGGCGAAGUACGGGUUCGAGUACGAGCUCGUGACGUACAAGUGGCCGCACUGGCUGCGCGCGCAGACGGAGAAGCAGCGCAUCAUCUGGGCGUACAAGAUUCUCUUCCUCGACGUCCUCUUCCCCAUGGACCUCGACAAGGUCAUCUUCGUGGACGCGGACCAGAUUGUGCGCACAGACAUGAAGGCGCUCGUCGACCUCGACCUCCACGGCCACGUGUACGCGUACCCGCCGAUGGGCGAUGACCGUACCGAGAUGGAGGGCUUCCGCUUUUGGAAGACCGGCUACUGGGCCAAGGAGCUGCAAGGGCGACCAUACCACAUCUCGGCGCUGUACGUCGUCGACCUGGUCCGCUUCCGCGCCCAAGCCGCCGGCGACCGCCUACGCGGCACAUACCAGGCGCUGUCCGCGGACCCGAACUCGCUCGCCAACCUCGACCAGGACUUGCCAAACGCCAUGCAACGCCAACUGCCCAUCUACACGCUCGAUCGCGACUGGCUGUGGUGCCAGACGUGGUGCUCGGACGAGUCGCUCGCCACGGCCAAGACGAUUGACCUGUGCCAGAACCCUCUGACCAAGGAGCCCAAGCUGAGCCGCGCGCGCCAGAUCCCGGAGUGGGAUAGUUACGACCGUGAGAUCGCAGAGUUUGCAGCUACGCUCGGGGACGGAGCGCUGGCGGCGAACGUGGACGACCUUGCCAGCGGGCCGGGCGGUGCUGGGGCAGGGGCAGUGGGCGGUGCGCAGCCGGACGCCGAGCAAGGUGAAGAGCAGCCCCCCGAGGCCGAGGAGGCCCAGGCUCCCCUCGGUGACCGUGGCAAGGACGAACUCUGAUCCACUUUAUAGACAUGAUGCACAAGCGGUCUUGAUUUG